AUUACACUCCCCCUUGCAUGCAGUUUUUUUUUUCUUCAAUGGGAUUUUUCGUUGAUGCUCAACAAAUUGCAUUAUUUUCGAAAAUAAAAAUAAUAAUUUUAAACACUAAUAAUCACCACGUGUUGUUUGUUAUUUAAAUUAUUUUUUUACAAUUAAUAUUAGUUUUAAAUAAAUAAAUAAAAAAUAAAACGUAAAAACAUAUUUAUGAAAAAAAAUAGUGACUCCAAAUUUGUGUGUAUAUAAAUAAAAAAAAAAAAAAGAAAACAGUGUUAAAACAAGAUAGGAAUAAUAAUAGUUGGAUUAAAAAUAAAUAAAUAAAUAAUUAUUUGGUUAUUGUGUGUUUAAAAAUAAUGGCUGAUAUUGAGGGUAAAAAAUUGGCCGAAUUACGGGUCAUAGAUCUAAAAACGGAAUUAGAACGACGUGGUCUUGACAAAACCGGUAAUAAAGCAGCACUACUUGAACGUUUAUCAAAGGCUAUUGCUGAAGAUGGUGAAGAUCCAGAAGAAUAUUUAAUUAUUCCUUGUGGUGGAUCAAAUAAAAUAAAUCCAAGAAAAAAUAGUGUUACUGGUUCAGUUACACAUGACGAAUCACACGAUUCACAAGAAUUGAAUAAUCACAAUAAAGAUAAAGAUGAUGUUAAAGAUAAUCAACAAAAUUCAAAUGUUGUUAUUAAAUUAAAAAAAGAUACAUUGACAUCUAGCAAAAAUACAACUCAAGAAGAUGUUAAAGAAGUGAAAAAGGAUGUUGAUGAAGAAGCAGUUACCAAGAAAGAGGAAAAAAAAGUUGAAACAGUAGAUGAACCAAUGGAGACUAAUAAAAAUAAUGAUAAAAUUGAUGAUAAAAUAAAUCCAGAACCGGAAGAAUCAGAUAAAAUGGAAAAAAUUGAUGCCAAAAAUAAAAAUGGUAUUGAUGAUUUGAUAAUUCCACCACCAGCACCAGUUAUUGCAGCACCAGCACCACCAGCACCAAUUGUUGCACCAUCAGUACCAAAGCCAAUACCAACAUCAAUAAUAGCUGAGGCAAAUGGUAUUGAUAAUGAGGAUUCAAUUAAUUUAACUAUCGGUGAAGACGAAGAAAAUCUCCUUGCCGAGGAGACGGAGACACACUUCAAGCAGAGAGAUGGUGGAGUUAGAAAGAGAAUUGAAGAUAACAACAACAAGAAAGGUGAGCCAAUCAAAGGUAAUUGCAGAUCAGAGGCUACAUCAUCAUCAUCAUCAUCAUCAAUCAUCAAGGAUGGGACAUCAUCCUCAUUGAACAGCGGCAACAAGAUCAAGCUGGACACAAGCGAUGGAGGCAAGAGCAGUGACUUGACAGGCAUCAAAGGACCAAAACGUGAUGAAAAGGAUAAAAAAACAUUACCAAUUAAUGCAAGUAGCAGAAAUCUUUGGGUAUCUGGAUUAUCAUCAACAACACGUGCAACUGAUUUGAAACAAAUAUUUUCAAGAUAUGGUAAAGUUAUUGGUGCUAAAGUUGUUACAAAUGCAAAAACACCUGGUGCAAGAUGUUAUGGUUAUGUAACAAUGUCAACAAAUGAUGAUGCUGGUAAAUGUAUACAACAUCUUCAUAAAACUGAACUUCAUGGACGUGUUAUAUCUGUUGAAAAAGCAAAAGGUGAUAAUCAACAAAGUCAUACAAAAAAACGUGAUGCAGCAAAUGGAAAACAAGAUAAAAAAGAUGAAAAAGCUAAAGAUAUAAAUUUAAUAUCAUUAGAAAAAAAAGAACCUGAUCAAAAAGAAAAUGAAGAAAAAUCAAUUGAUGCAAUUAAAAAGCUAGAUGACAAAGGUGGUUUUAUUGAUGAUAAAAAAAUUGAUGAUAAAGAUGCUGAUGCACGUUCAACAAAAUCAACAAGUAAAAAACCAGAUAGUGAACGUGGUAGACGUGGUGGUAUGCGUCAAGAAAAUCAUCGUUCUGGUUCACGUUCACGUAGUCGUGAACGUCGUAGACGUGAUGAUGUUUUAACAUUUGCUAAAAUACGUGAAGAAAGAGAACGUCAAAGAUUACGUGAUCGUGAACGUAUGUUACGUGAAGAAGAACGUCGUCGUCGUGAAGAUAUGGAACGUCAACGUGAAAUUGAACGUCGUCAACGUGAAGAAGCAGCAAGAUUAGAACGUGAACGUGAAAAAUUACGUCGUGAACGUGAAAGAAUUGAACAAGAAAAAGCUGAAUUAUUACGUCUUGAACGUGAACGUCAAAAAUUAGAACGUGAAAAAUUAGAACGUGAAAGAAUUGAAUUAAAAAGACAACAAAUGCGUUUAGAAGAAAGUAGACGUGUACCACCACCAACAACAAUGAAAAGAACAUCAAGUGAUAGACGUGAUUUACGUGAAUUAUAUGUUGAACCAGAUAGAAAACGUAUGGCAACUGAACAUAGAAGAGGACACAGUCCAAGUGAUAGAGUUACUGAUAGAAGAACAGAUAUACUUGAUAGAGUAUCUGAAAGAAGAAUGGAUACACCACCAUCAUCUGGAAGAUAUGAUUCAACAAGAUCAUCACAAGAAAUUGGAUUAAAAAAAGAUGGAUUUAAACGUUCAAGUGAAUUUUCAUCACGUAGCAGUAGACCAGAUACAUUUACUGAUGUAUCAAGAGGAAGAGAAGUUAUUGUAAGACGUGAUACACUUCCAAUUGCAUCAUCAGCAAGUGAUCCAAGACAAGUUAAAGAAAGCAGAUAUGAAAGACCAAGUACAACAUCAUAUGGACGAAGUGAUCGUGAAGUUAGACGUACUGAUACUGAUAAUCAUAGAAGUUCACGAGACAGUCAUACUGGUCGUUACAGUGAUAGCACAAAACCACCUGGAUCAAGUGCACCUGGACGUGACAGUCGUUAUGGUGAUAGCAGUAGAAAUACAAGUAGUUGGCAUUCAGUUCCACCAUCAAAAUCAUCAUUUAAUUCAGUAACAACAAGUGGUAGUGGUGGAGGUAGUGGUAGUGUUGCUGGUGGUGGUGGUAGUGGUAGUGGUGGUGGUGGUAAUAGCAGUGUAAGUGGUCAACGUAGUGGUGGUGGUGGUGGUGGUGAUUUAAGAAAUGAAGCAACAAGUUGGAGCAGUCGUUCAUCUGAUAAUCCAAAUAGAUGGAAUAGUUCAAGUAGUAUAGGAAAUACAUUGAGACAUCCUGGACCACCAAUGGGCUAUCAAGGUAGUAGUGGUAGUGGUGGUGCUGGUGCUGGUGGUGGACCAAUGCAAUCAAUUGGCCUAACAGCACCUGGUACAACACCAUCAUAUGAACGUUUUGAUCCCUAUAAAUCAUCAAUGCCCAAUAUGAGGAAGUAUUAAUUAAAUAUUCAACGAAAUAAUUAUAUAUUAUUAUUUAAAUAAUUAAUUUUCUUCAUUUAAAUUUAAUUUUUUUUUUCUUUCUUUCUUCUAUUAUUAUUUUUUCUUUGUCAAUUAUCUUUUAAAAAGAUGAAUAAUAUUGAUAAUAAUUUACUGAUAGCUCAGUAGGUAUUUUAUAAACUUUUUCUUUUUUUUUUUUUUCUUUCAAUAAAUAUAAGUCUUAAUAUUACUUUUUAUUAUUAAUUCAUGUGUAAAAGAAUUUAUGUAUAUUUGUUAAUAGACGUUAUACAUUAACUAAUUAAUCGUAUAAUUUAAAUUUCAAUAAAAAAAAAUUGACCUGAAUUAAACGUAAAUAUAUUAUUCUUUAUUUUACUUUGAUCAUAUUUUUCUUUAAAAAUUUGAUCAUAAAAAUAGAAAAAUUUGAUUGAAAAAAAAAAAAAUGAAUUUGAUGAAUAAUAAUGAUUUUUUUUUGUUUAUUAAUAACGUAAUGAUUAAUGAGUCAUGGUGUUUUUAAAAAAUUUUCAUAUACAUAAUAAAAAAAAACAUAUUUAUAUACAUUAUGUAUAGUGAAAAUAGUGUGCUCGAUGAUGUGUGUGUCAUUGUUCAUCACUGUGUUUUGUGAACAUCGAAAAAAACGUCAUUAAGUCAAAUAAAUAACAUAGAAAUAUUAUUAUAAAUAAAUUGGGGAAAAAUUAAACAAAAACAAUGAUUAACAAACUAAAAAAGAAAAGACGUAUGUAACUAAACUGUUAACAUGUUUGUUAUUUGGUAGAAUUUAAUAAUAAAUAAAUUAAAAAACAAA